ACACUCUUGGAGCAGUGCCAGAGGAUGGAAGUGGAUCUGAGCUCCCUGCGGGAUUUGCUAGAUGCAGAGAGACGAGAGUUUCGGGAUGUCCGAGAGAGGAUGGAGCUGGAGCUAGCAGAGGCGAAGCUGUCCUCCCAUCGCCUGCAGGAGGAGGUGCAGUGUGUCUCGGCACAGCUGGGAGAGGCAAGAAGAGCACAAGCUGAGUUGGAGGGGAAGUAUAAGGACUUGGAGCAGGACCGAAGGCUGGAGGUGGAAGAGAAGAACCUUCAGAUCAGGUUCCUGGAGGGUGCUGAGCAGGAGCUGCGAUCCAGCCACGCGGCCUUUGCCGCCGAAAACCGUCAGCUGAAAGGGGAGGUCACGCGGCUGUUGGCGCUGUCUGUGGAGAGCAGCGCUGCUGUACAGGAGCUGCAGGAUGAACUUCUGCAGAAAUCCGAAGAACUUGUCUGCUGCCAGGAUGAGCUGAAAUCACGGUUGGUGGAGAUCUCGGAAAUGAGGAAGGAACAGGAUGAAAGAACUUCACAGGAAAAGGCAGUAGAUCAGGAAUACUGGAAUGGGACUUCGCUGCUCCCCACAGGAGACCCGGAAGGACGGAGUUCUGCAGGUGAAAUACCACCCCUGUGCGCUGUUCUCCGGGAGCCUCAGCAGACAGCCGGGAUGGUCACGGACAGCGUGGAGCAGGAGCGGAAUGUUGGAGCUGAGGUGGAAUCGCAGGACUUGCUGACCCUUGAAGCUCCGGCCCCUUCCGCAGGCUGCUCCUCCACCUCUGCAGGUGUGUCGGGAGAGCUGGCGAGUUCUGAAGUGCGAAAGCCUUUUGAUGACACUUUGGUGCUCCCUAAGGCCAGCCCCGAUGGCUCUCCCAAUGGCUGCGAGCAGUUCUCUAAGGAGAUUUGUCUGCCUGGAACUCUAGACUGUCUUGCUGCGGAGAAGCAGAAAGAGCUGUCAGCUUUGAUGCUGGAACUGAAGGAAGCCCGUGAAGAAAUAACUUCUCUGAGAAGUCAGCUUGAGCGCCCCAACAGCCAAACGCCUGCAGAUGGCGGAGCGGGAGAAACCGUUACCCAGCUGGAGGAUAAUUCCCAGAUACAGUUUCUUGAGGGGGAAGAGCAAAAGGCUUCAGAUAAACAAAAUGAGCUGGGCAGUAGCUCAUUACUGAGAGAAGUAGAAAUGCAGCAAGUUGGUGUGCUUAAGGAAAACAGACCCAGCCCUCAGGAAGUGCCCCAGGGGAGCUCUGUCCCCUGCCCAGGAGGGACAGGCACACUGCAGGAGAUCUCCACAGCAGAUCCAGAGCCUGGCAGCCCUCGGUCUUGGGAACUGCAAAAGUUACAAAACCAAAUCACAGAACUGCAAAUAAUUCUGCAGAAAUCAGAGGAAUCCUACAAGAAAACUCUAGGAGAAAAAGGUGCAGAAAUAAAUAGGCUACACGAGUUGGCUGAGGGAUACAGGAAGAAGCUGGAGGAUUCUGCCAGGGCAUUUGACGUGUUGGCUGAAGAGCGAGACCAGCUCCUGUGUCAGAUGAAGGAACUUUCUACCGUGACAGAACUGAAAGAGCAGGUGAAGCAACUUGAGGAAAAUCUGUCUCUUUCAGAAAAGCAGAGACUGUCAGAUACUCAAAGCAGUCUUCUGCGAGAACAAAUCCAGAGCCUUAGGAAUGAAUUUAAAUCCAAGGAGAUGAAAAUUGAAGCUUUGCAAAAAGACUUGGAUGAAGCGCAGUUUCAGCUUUCGGACCAGGACAUGCAGCUAAAAGAUCUGAGAAGCCAGGUGGAGAAGAAGGAAUGCGAAGUACUGGAUCUAGAACAGCUUUUGAGGAAGAACACUGCUGAGAUGGAGGAGCUUUCCCAAAACUUAGCCUCCAAGGGACGUGAAGCAGCAGGCCUAGAAGAGCUCGUUGUGGAAUACACCAGGUCUGUAGAGAGCCUGCAGCAAACCCUGCUGGAGAAAGACCAGCAGGUGGCAGAGGUCAGCGUCAGCAUGUCUGAGAAAAUGGGCCUGCUGAAUGAAGAGAAGUUUGCUCUGUCGAAUGAGCUGAAGAUUCUUAAAGAGCAGAUGAGUGUCUUGCUGAAAGCCCAGGAAGAAGAUGACCAAGAGACAGACGCAAGCGACACGUGUCUGAAAUGUGGGGUGUCAGAGCAGCAGAUUGAUGCAGGGGCAGCGAGUCAAGGAAGUGCAGAAGCCACUAAACUUCUCAAAAAAGAAAAUGAGCAAGUCAAGCAGAAGCUGCGAGCAGUGCUUGGCACCAGGAAGGAGCUUCUGAAGAAGGUCAGCAAGUUGGAGAAAGAAUUGGUACAGCUGAGAAGAGGACGUGAAUCAGGAACCUUGGUGCCUCAGGAAGCUGGAGGGGAAGAAGACAUGACAAGUGUGAUGGGCAGAGAAGUGAAUCCUGAAAGCCAGCCCAGCGACGAGUAUCUAAUUCAGCUGCUUUCUGAAAAGGAGGCUGAGUUGCAGACCCUCCGGAAGGACCUGCUGGAUAAAGAAACUACGGAAGCACAAUUGCAGGCGGUGAUUGAGGAGAUGAAACGAAGCUUGCAAGGUGAGACCAACGUUGUUUCCAUUAAGGAUGAAAUGAUGGAGAGUCAGACAGAUGCUGGACAAGUAACCGAAGCCAACAAACCCCCAGAAGAUUAUGAAGAAGAUGACAAAACCAGCUCAGGAGCUGCAAACCUGGAAGAAAAUGAGAGGUCUGCUCUGAAAGAGAAGAUUUCAGCUCUUGAACAAGAAAAAGAACAGCUUCAGAAGAGACUCCAGGAGGUGCUGGUGUCUCGCAAAGACACUAUAAAAAAGGCUCAAGAGAAAGACAGACACCACAGGGAGCAGCUGAAGCAGCAGAAGGAUGACUACAGCAGCCUCCAAGAGCAGUUUGAUAGGCAACGCAAGGAGACAGAGAGCAUCCAGGCUCAGCUCAGGCAACUCCGAGAACAGAAAGGAUCGACAGAGCCCGCUCCUGCUAGUCGGGACAGGUUAGACCCUUUGUGCGUGGAAGCAGGGGAUGCGGCACUUGACAACCUUGUGCAAGCUGCAGACGGUUCUGGGGAAGAGCUUAAGGAAAGACUUGAAAGAUUGCAGGUGGAGAAGGAGGGGUUGGAAUCCAGCCUUAGCCGCACGCAGAGUGAACUGGCCAGCAAAUCAGACCUAGUCUUGCAGUUGCAGGAGCACAUAGCACAGUUGUUCCUGGAGGUGGAAGGGCUGAAGGGAGCCUCAGGCCAAGCUGGAGCUACGGCAGCAAGUCCUCAGGCAGAACUAGCAGAGAGCCGAGCAAAAGCUGCUCAAGAGUGCAGCCUGGAGGACCUGAAAAUACUUCUGCACCAAAGGGGUGAAGAAAUGGAAUGUCUCAGCGUGCAGGUAAGGGAGAAGAACGAAGCGCUCGAGAACAUGCAGGCACUGUUGCUGGAAAAGGAGGAUUCAGUCAAGAGACUGCAGAGUCAGUUGGAAACUCAAGCUCAGGUCCAUGAGGAACAUGGUAAGCGACUGCAGACGGAGUUGCUGGAAAUGCAGGAGAAGCAGGAUGAUGGUGCGGAAGCAGCCAAACAGAAGGCUCAGAUGCAGAGGAAGUUGCAGGCUGCCCUUAUCUCUAGAAAAGAGGCGCUGAAGGAGAGCAAAGCCCUGAGAGAGGAGCUGGCUAAUGCCAAAACUACCAUUGAAAAUCUGGCUGUCAGGCUGACAGAUCUGGAAAGUCAAAUAUGUGGCCACGCUAAAGAGAGGGAUGCUUUGACGGGGAAGUUAGCCGGCCUUGCUGUCGAGCGGGAAAAACUUACUGCGGAAGUCGAGAAGGUACUUGCAGAAAAUCAGAAUCUGGAUGGCUGCUGCAAAAACCUGACGUGUGCCCUGGAGAGGGUUGUGCUGGAGAAGGAGAAGCUGGAGAAGGAGGUGGAAUCCCUGAAGUGCUUUCAAGCCACUGAGAGUUCCGAGUGGCAUGAGAAGCACAGAGAGCUCCAGAAGGAAUACGAAACGCUCCUGCAGUCGUAUGAGAACGUGAGCAAUGAGGCUGAGCGCAUCCAGCGUGUUUUGGAAGGUGUUAGGCAGGAAAAGCAGGAAAUUUUCCUUAAGCUGAAAAGUGUUGAAGCUAAAAAAGAGGAAAUGGAGAAGCAGCUACAGGAAGCUGGACAAGAAAUCGAUGGAAUGAAGGAGAAAAUGAGGAAAUUUGCAAAAUCUAAGCAACAAAAGAUCCUGGAACUAGAGGAGGAGAAUGAAAAGCUUAGAGCCGAGCUGCAGGUCACAGGUGGAGAGCCCCAUGGGGCUGGAGGUGUCGCUGCAAACACCGGCCCGACAGAGGAGCUGGGGAGCUCUAGGCAGGAUUGCCAGUCUCCUCCUCAGCUCGAGUCAGUCUUGGCUGAAAAGGAGUCCCUUUGUCACGAGAUCACAGACCUAAAGUGCCAGUUGGAGGUAACAGAAUCUAAGCUGAAAGCAAGCAGAGCGCUGGUGGCCCAGUAUGCUGCUUGGGAAGCACGAGGGGAAGAAACAAGGCAGGCAGUUGCCAUGCCACCACCACUGGAGGAAAAUCAGGCGGAUGUAAGCGUUAGACCAGAGUCUUCAACUGCAGAACUGCAACAAAAAGCACCUGAAGCUGGUGGCCCUUGUGAAGGUCUUGGUAGCUACGUACAGCAGAUCGCUGAGCUCACAGAGCGAGUCACAGAACUCGAAGGUGCCAGGAGGGCUGCAGAGCAGCAGCUGGGCACCAUCCGCGCACGCGAGGAGACUUUAGCAGGUGAGAAGAGGGCCUUAGAGACCCAAGUGGAAGAGAAAGUCCGUGAAUUGAACGUUCUUCAGGACACAGUAGUCAAGAUGGAACAGACAGUCCAAGAAACCAGAGGUGACCUCCUCAGGAUGGCAGAGCUGAAGGAUGCGCUGGAGGCCGAGAAGGAUGACUUGGAAGAAAGGCUCAUGAACCAGCUGGCAGAACUCAACGGGAGCAUUGGGAACUAUCAGCAAGAUGCAACAGACCUGCAGAUGAAAAAUGAGCAACUGAAGCGUGAGCUUCAGAGUUUGCAGAGAACGAUGCAUGAACUGGAGGCGGAGAAGUGUCAGAUGGCAAAGGAAAACAGUAAAGCCAGUUCAGAAAAACAAACGGAAUUUGCAGAAAAACUGAGGUGCAGUUGGAGGGGAGACAGCAGCACCCACGUGAGGGAGCUUCAGGAGUUGCUGAAGCAGAAGCAGCAGGAGAUCAAGCAGCUGCAGAAGGACUGUAUCAAAAGCCAGGAGAAGAACAGCGGGUUAGAGCGAACUGUUAAAGCUCUGGAAUUUGUGCAGAGUGAGUCUCAGAAAGAGGCCGAAGCAGCCAAAGCGAGUUUAGCCAAGGCAGCUGAAGACACCCGGAAAGCCCAGGCGGAGCUUGCCCUCUGCAGGGUAGCGCUGGAUGACACCCAGAGUGAGGUGGCGAGGGCCCUAGCGGAGAGCGUCAGGGCGAAAGAAGAGUUGCAAGCAAACAAAGAGAAUAUCAAAAUUCAAAUGAAGAGAAAAGAUGAGGACUGGGAGAGAAGGCUGGAACAGGAAAAAGGCAGGCAUUCCAGGGAAGUGAAGAACCUGGAAGAAAAGCUGGCGGCUUUGCAGAGGGAGAAGGGCCGUAUGGAAAUGACCGUUGGUGACCUUCAACACUCCUUGAAGACGAAGGAUCAAGAAGCAAAGCAACUGGAAGGCAGCCUAACCAAAACGCUAGCCCAGCUUGCAGCCUUCACCAGGAGCAUGUCGUCCCUGCAGGAUGACAGGGACAGGGUGAUAGAUGAAUCAAAAACGUGGGAGAAUAAAUUCACUGAAACUAUUCAAAAGAAGGAGGAAGAAAUACGUUCAAAAGAGGAAACUUGUGAUGUGCUGACAGACCAGGUGAAGCAGAUGAGCGCACGUGUGGAAGAGCUUCAGGCUCACAUAUCCAGGCUGGAACGCAACAGGGAAGACUGGGAGUCUGAAUCCAGGGAGGAGAUUCAGCGGCAUGAGAAGACAUGUGAAAUGUUGCAGGAGGAAAAGGAAACGCUUUUGACUCAGCUUGAAGAGGCUCAGAAGCUGCACAGCAAGGCUCAGCGCGACCAGCAGAGGCUGGAGUCCGAACUCGGCAGCCUGAGAGACCAGCUUGCUGACCUACGGAAUUCCCUCACCAAAAGUGAAGGGGUUAGAGAAGAGCUGGGAUGUGUGGUCCAGCAACAAGAGACCGUUAUCCAGACCUUGAAACUCAGCUCCGAACAGCUUGAGGCUGACCUGCAGGCUGCCAGGGACCUGACAGCCAAGCUGCAUGGAGAAGCCAGCACCAAGGAGCAAAAGAUCAUGAGUCUGCUGUCUGCCAAGGAAGAGGCAGUUACGGCCGCUCUGUCGGAAUUACAGCAGCAGCAUUCUGAAGAGAUGAAGGAGUUGGAGCAUAGGCUGAGCAAGGAGAAAGAAGAUAAAAAAACCUUGGAAAAUGAGAAGAACAAAUUGCUUGACCAGCUUGAUCAUCUGACUGCCAAGGUGAAGCUAAGCCGAGAGGAAGGUCAGCAGCAGAAGGCACAGCUGGACUCCUUCACCAAGGCCAUGUCAUCUUUGCAGGAUGACAGAGACCGUGUACUCGGAGACUACCGGCAGCUUGAGGAACGUCAUCUUGCUGUAAUCCUGGAGAAAGACCAGCUAAUUCAGGAGGCGGCUGCUGAAAACAACAAGCUCAAGGAGGAACUCCGAGGCUUUCACAGCCGGAUGGACGAUGUCAACUCUGAGAACGCCAAGCUGAACGCGGAGCUGGUGCGGUGCAGGGAAGACCUGAAUGAGGUGAUUUCAAUAAAGGACUCCCAACAGAAACAACUUCUCAAAACGCAGCUUCAGCGGAUCCAGACUCUGGAAAAGGAGAAGGCAGUCAUGGAAAUGCAGCUGAAAGAGGCUGCGUGUGCGCAGGACGACCUCGGGCAGAGCGUGGAGGCCUUGAGAGGGGACAAAAUCACUUUGUCUCAAGAGAUUGAAAUCCUUACGGCGUCUCUGUCUCAGGUGAGGAGCGAGGUGACAGCGUUACGUGAGGGGGGUCCUGUCAUGGAGUGUCAAGCACAACUGAAGGCCCGGGAGGAAGAGGCACAAGAACUGGGUCAUAAGCUUUCCCUCUCGCAGAGAAGGAUAACGGAACUGGAGGAGGAGCUGAUGUGUGUUCAGAGAGAUGCAGCCAAGAGAGUGGGGGAGGCGGAGGACAGGCUUCGGAAGGAGCUGAAGCACCUCCAUCACGAUGCGGGGAUAAUGAGGAACGAAACAGAAACAGCAGAAGAGAGAGUAGCAGAGCUGGCACGGGACUUGAUGGAAAUGGAGCAGAAAUUUCUUGCAGUCACAGAUGAAAACAAAGAUCUCCAAGCUCAAAUUCAGUCUUUUGGGAAGUCCAUGAACUCCCUUCAGGAUAGCCGGGACCAGGCCAAUGAAGAGCUUCGUGCUUUGAAACAGAAAUACGCCGCAGACUUAGGGGAGCAGAAGAGUCUGGUGCAGAAUCUUCAGAAAGAGAUGGUCCAGCUACAAGAGCAGCAACAUUGCACUGCCAGGGACCGAGAUACAGCGAGGUCGGAACUGAUGGAACUGCAGAAAGCCAUGGAUGAAGGUGGCCUCUUGGCCCAGGCAGAGGAACUUCAUCAGAAGCUCAGAGCCAAAGAUGAUGAGCUUCUCCGUUUGUCUUCGGAGCUGGAAGGCUCUUCCAGCCAAGUCAGGUCUUUCGCCAAGGCUAUGGCAAGCCUGCAGGGUGAGCGGGACCGUCUGCUGGAUGAAUUGGGAAGAACGCGCAAGACUGAAGAAGGGAAGCAAGGAGCAGAUGGGAGCGUUCCCGGUGCUGCGGCAGAAGUGCAGAGCCUGAAGAAGGCGCUGUCCUCCCUGCAGAACGACAGGGACAGAGUAGUCGGGGAGCUGAAGAGGCUGCAGCAGCAAUACAUCCUGCUGGGGGUGGAGUCCGCUGAAAACACCCGCUUGAAAGCACAGCUGGAGGAAUCCCAGCAGGACGCAGAUAACCAUCGCCGGCUCCAGGAGCAGCUGAAGCAAGAACGUGUUUCCUGCCAGCAGGAGCUGCAGCAGCUGAGGCAAGAGAGGGCUGCCUGGGAAGAGCAGAACAGGAGCAUGAAGGAGCAGUACCUGGGGCUCGUAGCAGAGAAGGACAAGCAGCUGAGCCAUUUCCGACGGGUCACGCAGGAGAUGGAGCUGGCGCUCAGCGCGUCUCGGGCUGCAGAGGAGCAGCGCCAAACGGAGGUGGGUGGAAACACGGCUGCUGUGUUGCGUGGGAACUUGAGCCCAGAAGCAGAGACCACACGCCUCCAGGCCCAGCUGAGCAGCAGCAUGAAGGAGCUGCACCAGAAGGAGCUCAGAAUCCAGCAGUUAAACAGCAAG